UCUCAUCGCCUGUCCUCAUCUCCAUCUCAUCACCUGUCCUCAUCUCCAUCUCAACACCUGUCCUCAUCUCCAUCUCAUCGCCUGUCAUCUCCAGCCCCAGCCCUAUCUCCAUCUCAUCACUUGUCUCCUGCUCACUCCCUAUCCCCUAGAGUGGACCUGUCUCCUCUUCGCUGCCCUUCCCCUAGGGAUAACCUCUCUCCUGUCUCCUGCCUCCCCUCUCAUCCAACACUCUCAUCUCUGCCCCCUAGUCAUAAACUGUCUCCUGCCCCCUGUCACCCCUCCCCACCCUCCUCUCUGUCUCUGCUAGGUUGUCAUGUCUCCCCCUCCCUAGAGAGACAUCCGUCCCCCCUAAGAGGCCUCUCACCUGUCAGGCCCAAGUCCCCCAGUGGUGGCUCCCCUGCCCCUCAGGUAACCAUCCCUGCUCAACACAGAAUCUGUCUGCCCAGAGACCCAUCUUCAAAUCCCCACAGGGACAGACCUGCUACAGCUACAAGCUCCAAGGCACGGCUGAUGAAGAGCUACUCUGUUCAGGAGGAUGACGAGCUGCGUCCCCCUCUCCUGUCCCCCAGGACUAGACCAUCCCGAGGGGGCCAAGGGGGUGUCCUCAGCCACCUGCCUCUCCACUCCCAGCAGCUAGCCAGGACUGCCAACCUGCUGAUCCCCAUUGGGGGGAUCCACAUGGUACAGCCCAGGACCAGUGCACUCUACAGCUUGGUGACUAGCCCUAUGGCAGCAAAGGACACUCCUACUCCGGCAAGGAUGGACCAGUCCAUGACAGCCCAGAACACCCCUACCCCUUCAGAGAUGGACCGGUCCAGGAUCAGGAGAGCUGGACUAGACGAAGUGCCACUUAGUUGGCCUUCAUCAUUGAAGGACAAUCAGAACAGUCUGAAAGAGGCUGCUAGGCCUAGCACUAGCAUGCACACCAGUUACCAGGACAACAGGGUAGGAGAGGGAGAGGCAGGGGCCGAGUGCAGACAGUCAACACCUCUCCCAGACAAGGCAGGUAUGGCCCAUGUACACGUGUGCACCAUGAGACCAGAGAAUCAUGGGAGUUUGAGUCAAAGGGAAGAGACUGAACUACUGUUCACUGGGACAGAGGUAGCAGGCAGCUCACACACUACAGGCACCCGGACGAGCACUUUGUCCAAGGGAACCACACACACAGAAAGAGAUACAGAUACACACUUUAGAGAAGGAAGUGUUUUUCCAGUGACUACCCAAGYCCAAAAGACGCCGCCUUCUUUCCAGACUAAACUCUGAUAGGAAGGAGCACCAUUAGGGAACAGUGCAACAGACUUGUCUUGGGUACAUCUGAUAUGGCAACGUAUUUCCUAAGUAGGGGAUACGGUGCCAUUUCAGAGACAGCCAUGAUCGCAGAGCUAGAAACAAUUCUGUUUUUGAAACUGAAGAAGACAAAAGGAACCCAAGAAGAGCACUCGGGAGCGUACGGCUUCUGAAUAUAAUGUGAUUAUGUAAUUAUAUGAAUAAUAUAUAGAUAUGUUGAAUAUGCAGUAUAUGUUUUGUAAUCUUUUUUUACUCUCUUCUUUUGGUUAAUGGCAUUGCUGUUAAUUUAUUAUUGAUGUGCUCUUAUGCAAUUCUGUACUAUCCUCUGUGAGAUCUGGAAUGAAAUGUAGAUAAAGAUUUUAUUUAGUUAAUCUAUUCCCCCGUCGACCCCUUUGAUAACUCUAUAAUACAUUAUACUACUCUUGCUGUUUUUAUACUGUAUGAUGUACAGGUGUAAGGUCUUCAUUUGACAUAUAUUGUCACAGCAAAAUAAUCCUGCAGCAACAGGAUUUGAACGUUUAGACUAUAAUGUUGCUUGAUUGGUGGGU